ACAGACGCAACAGUGGAUUUCUACCACACUCGCUUUCUGUUCGUUCAAAACUGCUUUUGAAGAAAAUAGCAGAUUGUGAAUGUCGUCUUGCACUGACCUUAAUUACACCGGUAAACAUCGCCGUCAGUACUUAUGAGAUUUACAGGAAUCGUCUAGUUUUGCGCAAGAGGCUAUUAAAAGAAGGAAACUGGCAGAGAUUGGCUCAUCGGGAUUGUGCUCUUGCGCCCACGGGUAGAAAAUCGUGAAGGCGCGAGGCGAUCUCCAAGGACGGAGACAAGCAAACGAAACGUUCACUCGGCCUCGUUGAAAACAAGCACAUACAUGCUCUCGCAGAGAACGUUAAUUUAAAAUUGUGCGACUGCAAACGACAAGGCGAUAAAUUUCGGUGGGAUAGUCACUGCGAUAACGAGCGAGUUUAUUAGUAAAUCAUUACGAAACGCGCAAAAGAAUCCUCAGCGAUCUCAUCUGUCAUUGCGUUUAAUUUAGCAAAAUCAAUACGUGAUUCUAAUGAUUAUUCGAAGAGAAAAAAGAACGAGAACAGCUGAGGCAAAAUAUGUCAAUUAGAGCAGCGAAUUAGAACGUGAAACGAUACUCCAACGGCGAGACUCAAAAUUCGCGCACGAUUAUUAGGAAGCUGUUCGAACUUGGAGAUCGCGACUGAAAGACAAGUCAGAAAAUAUUUGAUAUCCCUACAAUUUAAAGCGGAAUACUUACUAAUAUAGAAGAGCAGUGUCAAAGCUGACACAAUACUGUAACGUUCGGCACACGCUUGUGAAAUAUUUUCUUGGACGAUUAUUGUACGACUGAAUUUGUUUUAUUCGACACGCAAGCUGGAAGUAAUUUUAAAUAAAGACUGAAAUAUACAUACUAAACAAAUAAAGCUUGACUUUACUAUUUUAUUUUAUUUGCAACAUGGCAGAACAGAGACAUUUCCCAUUUGUAAUAGCAAAUGAUAUACUAGUAGGCAAAGGACCUAUUGAUUAUGAAGAGCCGAUUAUUAAUAUCGCAAAAUUAAUUUUAAAUAAUCUUAAAUCUCAGCCGAAUUUUGUUGCACAGGUGGAUGCAACGACAGGGAGAGAAAUUACAUUUCAGGAAAUAAGAAAUACGACUGUAAAACUGGCACUAUGGAUGAAAAGUAUAGAUAUUUCUACAGGUGACAAAAUAGGAAUAUCUUCAGAACAUUACGCAAUUCUGUAUGUUUUCAUAGCGUGCUUGUAUAUUGGCGCUGUACCGGUUCUAUGGCAUGAAAAAUAUGAUUCCGACAAAGCGUAUACUAUUGCAAGCGAAGUUUGUGGAAAACUUCUUUUCAUCGACGACGUCUUCGCUAUUGCUAAUUACGAUAAAUUAACACAAAAGCGCUCAAAAGUGAUAGUCUUUGGCACGCUCGAAGGAUUCAUGUCGUACAAUAUUUUGAAGCUAAAAAUUGACUCAAGAUACAACCAAAAGAUGGUUGAUGGUUUCAUUUGCAUCGAAGUAGACGAAUAUGAAGAUACCGCGGCAGUACUAUAUACUCGUCGCACAAGGCUCAAGAAAAGUGUAAAAAUUCCUCAUAGAUAUUUCAACGCACCUAUGAGCAAGCAAGUGUUUGAUACGUUUCCCGGUAAGGUAGGAAUGUGGGUAGGAUCUUUCAGUUUAUCCAUUAACAUGUUAUUGGCCGUCUAUUCGAUACUCUGGCCCAAACGAAUGAUUAGAUUUAUGGGGUACACCAAGGAGAAAGUGUGUCAAGCUAUAGCGAAGCACAAGGUUGACUGGGUGUUACUUGAAACUCAGAUGUGCAUAGAAAUUGCCAAUUCUGACAUGCUUCAAAAAUAUGAUUUCUCCUGUUUGAAGCGAAUAAUAUACAGCGGUGCGGAAAUCCCAUAUUACAAUUAUACAGAUCUCACCCUAUCGCUCCCGAACACUAUAAUCGUGGCACUAUACUAUACGAUUGAGACGGGUAUCAUUUCUUAUCAAUCAACAAACAAUAAAAUCAAAUCAAGUGGUCAUAUUGGAAAGAACGUCAUGUUGAAGAUUAUCGAUAUCGACACAUACGAUCCAGUUGGCCCGAACGUGUGUGGGGAGAUCUGUUGUUAUUGUGUGAGCAUGGCGAGGACCUAUAUAUAUAAUAAAACUGAUCAUUCACUGUUCAGCCGUGACGGAUGGUUGCAUACCAAUGAUACGGGCUAUUACGACGAAGAUGGUGAGAUAUUCGUCAUGAGCCGAAAAAUAGAUUUCAUUAUGUUUAGAGAUUACCUAUAUUCACCGGCUAUAAUCGAAAACUUUAUAAGCAGAUAUAGCACUGUAGACAAAGUUGCUGUGCUGGGUAUAAUGAAUGCGCAAGGUACGAAGCAUCCAACUGCGUAUAUUCUGACAAAACCGGAACAACAUACGCAACAGCCGUAUUCGCUGAGAUGGAUGCAAAAUUAGAUGACCAUAUGAAGCUUCGCGGUGGUAUGAAACUGUUAAAUGAGAUGCCGUAUGCGCUUGAUGGCACUAUCGAUCGGCUUGCCCUUUGUAAUGAAGAAUAUCGAGAACACCCUUUUACUCACACUACAAUUCCCUACACGGAUAUGCAAUAACAAUGUGACAAGAUCCGCAAAAGUAA